GCCCCCUUCAUGCGCGCUGCUCCCCGCGGCCGCUGCCGCCUGUAACCUGCGCCGCCAGGAUGUGGCUGGGGGCUGACGUCGGGUCCAGAUGUGGCCCCGGCCCCGCCCACCCCCGGGGCCGGUCCGCCCACACCGAGCCGCGGCGCGCACGGAGGCUGUCCCGCCUGCCACAAUGCACGGUGGAACUGCGACCGCAACUUGCAGGGGUCGUGCCUAACGUUGCCGCCGCUCGACGUCCCUAAGACAGGCCGGCUCUGACGCCGCACGCGGACCCUCCUCACUGGAGCCCCCCAUGCGCUCACCCUCCAGUGCCCGGCCAGGCGGACGCGGAGCCGCGCGGGUGACGGCAGAAGCGGCUACGCGCCCAGCCUAGCCCAGCCCAGCCGGAGAAGAGGGCGCGCCGCGCCCCCGCCCCCCGCCGCUCUCCGGAGGCCGUGGGUGCGGAUGCGCCGCUGAAGACUCCUGCGAGAACACCGCGCGCCCGAGCCCGCAGCAUGGCAGCCGCCGCCUAUGUGGACCACUUUGCCGCCGAGUGCCUCGUGUCUAUGUCCAGCCGCGCAGUCGUGCACGAGCCGCGGGAAGGACCUGAACCCCGGCCCGAGGGCGCGGCCGCCGCCGCCCCCACACUGCCCCGCGUUGACGAGCGCCGCGACGGCAAGGACAGCGCCUCGCUUUUCGUGGUGGCUCGGAUCCUAGCGGACCUCAACCAGCAGGCGCCGGCUCCCGCCCCCGCGGAACGCAGAGAAGGGGCUGCUGCGCGCAAGGCGAGGACCCCUUGCCGCCUACCGCCCGCGCCCCCUGCGCCGCCGCCCGGCCCAGAGCCCGCCUCCCCGGGACAAGCAGGCGCGCCGGCCGCGCCCCCCAGCCCCGCGUGGAGCGAGCCCGAGGCGGCAUUGGAGCCAGAGCCCGGCCCCGCGGGGAGCGGCGAGCCUGGCCUCAGACAAAGGGGUCGGCGGGGCCGGAGCCGCGCGGACCUCGAGUCCCCGCAGAGGAAGCACAAGUGCCACUAUGCGGGCUGCGAGAAAGUUUACGGGAAAUCUUCGCACCUCAAGGCGCACCUGAGAACUCACACAGGUGAGAGGCCUUUCGCCUGCAGCUGGCAGGAGUGCAACAAGAAGUUCGCACGCUCGGACGAGCUGGCACGGCACUAUCGCACGCACACGGGCGAGAAGAAGUUCAGCUGCCCCAUCUGCGAGAAGCGCUUCAUGCGGAGCGACCACCUGACGAAGCACGCACGCCGCCACGCCAACUUCCACCCAGGGAUGCUGCAGCGGCGCGGCGGGGGCUCGAGGACCGGCUCGCUCAGCGACUACAGCCGCUCGGAUGCCAGCAGCCCUACCAUCAGCCCGGCCAGCUCACCCUGAGCACCCGCGCCUGGACCGCGCGCCUCCUCACCCCUUCGAUAAUAGGAAAGCUGAGCGAACUUGAGAAGUCCACAGCAAAACAGUUUUCUUCACCUCAGGUGUCAAUUUUUAACAAAAAGAAAAAAAAAUUUUUUCUCAAAAAAACAAAAACAAAAACACCACCUACAAAUUGCACAAUACAGCUAUCCACGAAGUUGAGAUUCAGCGGUGUUGAAACCCCACCUCUCCCCCCCCCUUUCUCAGGGAUGAACGCGGUCCACGGAGGUCAGAGAGGGCAAGCCUUUCUGCCGCCUUACUUUGUACAUAGAUUUGCACUCUGGAGUUUUCUGUGAGGUUUAGGAUUACAUUUGGGGCAGAACAGGACAGAUGGAAACAGAGAUGUGGUUACCGAUACUAUGUUUUUGCAGUAGACCCCCCAAAGGCCUGUGACCCUCUCCUGCCUACCACUCAGUUGUGGUCCUCUGCCCCUUGGCCUGGCUUAGUGCACCUCACAGGGAUGUGGUAAGCCAUGACAGACCAUGGGAGCACUCACCUAUGGAACUGUGGAGUGUACAUCUGCCUUCUAAGGCUGGUCCUGCCUGCCUGCCUGCCUGCCUGCCUGCCUGCCUACCUGCUUCCAGAAAUCCUUGGGAAAAUGGAGGCCAAUGCAAACCCUGCCUGGAUUGGCACAUUGUUGUUGCCAACAACCCGUGGAGGCGGCUGGGCCCUGCCUGCCCUACAAGAAGGCACCUGGGACCCUUCACUAUCACACCAUGUUCUCAGACUGGGAAAUUGUGCCCUGGGCACGUUGUACUGAAACUGCUCCCCCCCCCCCCCAAUUGGUGUUGUUUUAUUCAGCUCCCUAAGCUCUUGUGCCCUGGGCCACUGGACAGGACCAUCGUGACCCCUCUGCAUCUUCAGUCUGUGAGUGUGGCAGCACUCACACACCCCACAGGACUGAUGGUGGCAAAGGCAUCAUCCGUCAACUCCUCAGAGCAACACAGCAGCUAUUAUAGGAGAUGCUGUUGGAGAAACAUGGAUUCUGCUUCUCUGGGGGGACGCCAUAUGAAAAUUGUGGGAAUCACUUUCUCAGAACCUUGGGUACAGACUUAGCAAACCCACAGCUCCACACUGUUGCAUUACCCACUUUUCUGUCCUGCUUCUGCCUACCCUGCCUGGGAGCACCCAAACCACACCCAGUCUGCAGCGUGGUUUAGGGCAGGGGUGGGUGGCCUGCUGGUAGGACAGCAGGAGUAGAAACCAGGCCUGUUCUAUCUCUCCUGGAGCCCAGACCUGGGCUACAUUGGCUUCAGGUGCUGGGCCUCGUCAGCAAGACCAUGUUCUGGUUGCUCCUUUGCAGACAAUUGGGAGUGUCAUCUACUCUCACCCUGCAGAGGCCCAGGCAUUUCUUCCCCUUCUCCCAAGCGCUGGGGCCUAGGAACACAAGGCCCCAGGACUGGAUAUGUGUGUGUGUGUGUGUGUGUGUGUGUGUGUGUGUGUGUGUGUGUGUGUGUGUGUGUGGUGGGUGGGUUUGGGAUGGAUAUGGAUUAUCUUACAGAGACCUCUCUUCAUUUUGAUGUGGAGGAUCGGCCCUUGUGACUCAGAGGGUCGUAGAUGGGCUUCCUGGGCCCAGUGUGCCUUGGUUGUGGCCAUUCUGCCUCCACCCCAACCCUCACACAGAGUGUGGGGGUGCAGCACAGGGAAAACCCAGAGACCAUGCCCAGCCAAGUCUGCAGUUUCUGGCUGUUAUCAUGUGGCUCCCACAUGAAUCCUGGUCACCCCUUUCUAACUACCUGUGUCAGCUACGAGAGGCUAAUGGCAUAUGGUGGCUUCUGGUGGCACAGUAGGUGCUGAGUUAGGCUGUGGCAUUGUUGCUGCCAAAAGCAGGCACGGUGGGUGGGUUGGGAGGGUCUCUGCCCUGGUCCAGUGCAAAGCUGGUAACAGCUCUGCUUGCAUUUCAUCUGGGGAAGAGAAUGGGAUAUGUGGUUGGGAUCUUGACUGAAGGGAACCCUGGGUGCUUGGGGUGUGGCGAUCUUCAUGCUGAGUUCCAAAGUGUAGUCCCUCCCAAAGUCAUUUGUGUGAGGCAGAGAAAGCCACACUCUGAACACAUUUCAUGUCUCAGGAAUUCACAUUCCAGAUUCAGGAAUUUUAUUCCAAAGUCCUUUGGUGCACCUACAUCCACAGUUCCGAAGACAGAAGCGGCGGCAGUGUGCCCCAAAGGCUAGCCAAGGUCUCUCCUUGGGAGGAGCCUCGAGUCUCCUUGUGACCUACCUACCCAGAGUCACAGCAGGAGGCUGUCUAACUCCACCACUGUCUGCCAGAAGGAAGGAUAAAAGGACUGUAAGCCCCAUCAUCUUGGAAUAAAAGAAAGAGCUGGUUUGUUUUAGAGCGGGUUGGGGGGAGGGGGAGGGAAAGCGGGCGUAGGCUGUUUCCAAAGAGAGCACUUAAUUUAAUUUUUCCUCUGAAUGACCCAGGGCUGUUCCAUCUGAUAGAUGGAAGGGUAACGUUGCCUUAAAACAGAAAUAUGCAGGCGUUGGCUAUUUUUGGCAAAUGAACGUGUCUUCAUUCCCAAAGUGGUUCUCCUUUAAUGGCAGGGUGUGGUCCUUCGGUGGGGCCAGGGCACCCUUCAUAGACCCCCCCCUAUGUCAUCUGGGGCUUCAGUUCAUCUCAUCAGGGGGUGGGAGGAAGGAAAGAACAUGACUAGCUUCAGUUCCAGUGGCUUCUCAUUAGGUUCCCAUCUUGUCAUAAACAAGGGAUGCCUUCUAAGAUGCAGUGUCUUCCCAGACCGGGUCUGUAGCAAGAUCUUUUGAGUUUUUGCGGUUUAUGGCCAUAUUUUCUGGUUUCAACUUGACUGAGGAACCCAUAGGUUGCCCAGGAAUAAUACUGGAAAAGUCAAAUCUUUAUUUCCGGGAUGGGAAGCAGAGAUCCUACAAUGAAAGUGCCUGAGUGAAGGGAGAGUUCCCUACAGCAGCGUCUAAGAGGAACUCUGGACUUCAGCCAUCAAGGGGCUGGAGUUUAGCUCAUGUCCCAAAUGAGAAAGUCCCUCUUUGCAUCAGCCAUAUUAUGGGGCCACUGUCUGUUCCCCAGAUGCCUACUGAAUCCUACAGCCAUACAGAAAAUAGCCCUUUCCAAAGAGGGCCUUCGGUUCUCUCUUGAUGGGUGCUACGUAGGGGUGGACAGUGAUGCACUUGAUCGGGAGUGUGGUCCUGGAGGUGCCCUGCCUGUUUCCUGCCACACCCCGUACUCACAGGACCUGAGAUGCAGAGGUUCCCCACCUCCAGGCCACACCAUCACAACCUUGUUCCGAGGCCAGCAUUGGGGCAGGUGCACGAUUCACCAGAGUGCAGUCUCCAGGUGCAAAAUCCUGCACCCUGGCGACCCCAGUGAGGGGAUGGUUUAGAUGUGGGGAAGGAUGAGGGAAGGUGAUAUUCUGUGGUCCCAAGAGAAAUGUGGCAGAACAGAGGGGUUACCUUUUAAGACUAAUAAUGCCUCUCGGCGGCCCCACUCCGUCCAGAAGGUUGCCCUUGUCUUGCCAGAAGCAGGUGCUCCAAUGGACUGCACAGGGUCACAGCAUUCAUUUCCUAGAGGCUUUGGCUGGGAUCUCCACCAAGCAGGGGCCCCGUCCACUUGAGACUGACCUGAGCAAUAGCUUGGCCUCGUCUCUCAGCUCCUGAUUGUGGCUUUGGUUACAAGGCUACCAAUUUUGACUUACCGAUUGUCCUUCCCCCUCCUCUACCCCUACUUCACAAAAGGUCAUUUGGUCGGAGACAGUGCUGGAAGGUGUAUGUGUAGCCAUGUUGUGAUCAGUAAGAAAUUCUUUGUAGGUCACCCACAUUUUUUUUUAUUUUGCUGUCCAAAGUUUCCAUCUGUCUGUCCUGGUGGCUGUAUCUUUCAAAGCUAAAAUCCAGAUGUUUGACUCAACUGUUUUGAAAUCAGAAUGGCACCAGGAAGAGAGCCAGGUCCUGUGACUAAUUUUCCUGAUUCCGAGUCUUCGAAGGUUUGUCCUGGACACAUUCCAGAGAAUUUUGUACCCGAACAUGGAUGCACAGUCCAGCUUACUACUGAUACAGACCUGAGCACUGCUGAGGGAGAGGCCCUUCCUUCCUCUUGGUGGCCUAGAGGCCCCAGUCCACAGGGAAGGGAGGCUUGAUUGGUUUCUUUGACCCCUACAGAGUUAGUG